UGUGAAGCACGGACACGCCACCUAGCUGAGGUGUCCGUGUCGACACGCGUGUCCGACACCGACACGGGUGGGACACGGUGCGAUACGUGUCCGACACUUCAAAAUCCGUGUCCCUAUUUUUUUAAAAAAAAAACGUCAUGGACACGGACCGUGUCUCCCUAUGACACGGCCCGUUUUAUGUUGGACACGCCAUUUUGUUAUUCCAGCCCAACUCCCUCAGUUUCUUUUUUCUCAAACCCUCCUGCUUUCAAUCUUCCUCUUCACGAGUUCAUUCUUCCUCAACCUUCUCAAACCCAAAUCGCCGCCGACUGAAGUCGCCUGACCGUCGCCCACCGUCCACCGUCACAGCGUCAGUCGUCGGCUCGUCGCUCGUCGCAACUCGCAAGUCCUCACUCCUCAGUCAUCACGAAACCUGGCCACUUUAAUACUCUAUUCCUUCAAUCCUUUGUCGACUCGCCGUCAGCCCGUCACUCGUCGGCUCGAUCGUCGCUCGUCGCCGCCGUCCAGGCGUCACUCUCGUCGGUGCUCUCAGCCUUCUCACUUUCUCAGGUAUUCCUCUCAAUCUCUCAUUCUCGUUUUAAAUUUUUAAUUUUAUUUCAUUCCUUCACUUCACGAUUUGCUUAAAUUGGCUAAUUUCAGUAAUUUGUAUCAUGGUUUUGCCGUUUUGUGGUUCAAUUACUUCAAUAUUAUGUUCUAGAUUAAGAGAUAUGUAGUGUUUUAUGGUUUUCGUUUUUGUUAUUUGUUUACCCCUUUUGAGUUUUGACCAUUUUUGGGUUUAAAAACUUGCUUUCAGACUUUCAGUUAGUCUAAACUAUUGUGCAUUUUUGUGAUUUUUGUGAUCAUUUAGUCUAAACUUUAUGCUUGCCCUUCAACUGCUGCAUUAGUGCAUUGAUAUAUAUCAUAUAUGUUGUGUAUGUUAGUGCCCAUUGUUUUGGAGAAAUAAUAUGCAUGUGGAUACUGUAUAUAUAAAUGAAACAGUACUCUAUAUUUCUAACAUUUACACUAUAAACUUAUACAUAUAACACAUGUGCAUUGUGUAAUUUGAUUGUGUUGUUUGAGCUAAACUAUAAAUGUUUGAUUUGCUGAAAAUGUAUUGUUGUCUUGUUGAAAUUGUCAGGAAUGUCUUCUAGUGGUUCUAGUGCCUCUGCUUCGUGCAAUGUUAGUGGUAGUAGUAAUUCAUCUGAGUCUAAGGACCCCUACCCUUUGUGGAAGUUUGUUGUUAAGGGUGAUAAAAUAUCGGGUGGUGGAGGAAAUUAUAAUUGGAAAUGUAACUUUUGCGGCGAAGUUAAAAAUGGUUCAUACACUAGAGUGAAAGCUCAUUUGCUAGGUGAACAAGGGAAAGGGAUUCAAACUUGUAAUAAAGUGAAAAUUGAUGACCUUGCUAAACUAAGAUCGCUUCAUCGUGAAUCCGAGGAUUAUAAAAAAUCUUUGUUACCAAAAGUUCCACCUUUUUCAAAUGAACCCAUAUCUUCUCACACAUCAAAUGAAGCUACAUCAAUGAGACUAGGUUCAUUUGAUAAUGUAAAGAAGAGGAAAUCAAAAAAUACAAUUUCUGAUGCUUUUAAUGUGAAAUCUCGUGACCACUUGGAUUCUGAAAUUGCUAGAAUGUUUUACACAGGGGGGUUGCCUUUUAAUCUUGCUAGAAACCCUUACUAUGUUAGUUCAUAUACAAUGGCUGCCAAUUCUAAUCUCUCUGGUUAUAAGCCUCCCGGAUACAACAAACUUAGAACAACUUUGCUUUGUAAAGAGACAGAAAAUGUGGAUAGGUUAUUACAACCUAUGAAAGCCACAUGGAAAACAAAAGGUGUUAGCAUUGUUAGUGAUGGGUGGAGUGAUCCACAAAGAAGGCCUUUGAUUAACAUUAUGAUUGCUUCUGAAACGGGUCCUAUGUUUAUGAAAGCUAUUGAUUGCUCGGGUGAGAUUAAGGACAAAGAUUUCAUUGCUACCUUACUAAGUGAGGUGAUUGAUGAAAUUGGAGAUCAAAAUGUUGUUCAAAUAAUCACAGAUAAUGCAAGUAAUUGUAAGGCUGCAGGGGAAUUGGUUGAGGGUAGGUAUCCUCAUAUAUAUUGGACACCAUGUGUUGUUCAUACACUUAAUCUUGCAAUGAAAAGCAUCUGUGCAGCUAAGAAUGUGUUGAAUAAUGUUGAAGUAUAUGAUGAAUGUAAUUGGAUAACGGAAGUUCAUGCAGAUGCCUUGUUCAUUAAAAAUUACAUAAUGAAUCAUUCGAUGAGGCUUUCAAUGUUCAAUAAGUUUUCGCCAUUAAAACUACUUUGCAUUGCCGACACUCGUUUUGCUUCAAUUGUGUGCAUGCUUAAAAGGUUGAAACUCCUUAAAACAUCACUUCAAUCAAUGGUUAUUAGUGAGAAUUGGUCCUUAUACAAGGAUGAUCGACGCGGGCAAGCCUCACAUGUAAGGGAAAAGAUUUUGGAUGAAAUAUGGUGGGAAAAAGUUGAUUACAUUCUUGAUUUUACACGCCCAAUCUAUGAGAUGAUUAGGGUUUGUGACACCGACAAAUCUUCCUUGCAUUUGGUUUAUGAAAGAUGGGACAUUAUGGUUCAAAAGGUGAAAGAUGCCAUCUACAAGAAAGAGGGUAAACUAGAUUAUGAACAAUCUACCUUCUUUAAUGUAGUUAAAGGGAUUCUUAGUAGUCGUUGGAGUAAGGGUAGUACUCCACUUCAUUCAUUAGCACAUUCUUUGAAUCCAAGAUUUUACACGGAAGAAUGGCUUAAUGAGGUCCCGGGACGAGUUGCUCCAAAUGCCGACAAUGAAAUUUCCACACAAAGAUUACAAUGCUUUCGAAGGCUUUUCCAAAGUCCCGAUGAAAGAUUCAAGAUCAACACGGAAUUUGCAAUAUUCUCACAAAAAUCAGAGGGGAUCUUUCUCAACAUUGAUUGCAUGCAUGAUAUGGCUUUGAUGGAUGCUAAAAAUUGGUGGGCAACUUAUGGUUCCCAAGUGCCUAUGCUUCAAGGUUUGGCUUAUAAGCUAUUAGGUCAACCUUCUUCCUCUUCUUGUAGUGAAAGGAAUUGGAGCACCUAUAAGUUUAUUCAUUCUUGCACUAGAAAUAAGCUUACUCCUAAACGUGCUCAAGACUUGGUAUACAUUCAUAACAACCUUCGAUUACUUUCUAGGAGAAGUGAAGAAUACACUAAGGGGAGAUCUAAGUUGUGGGAUGUGGGUGGAGAUGAGCAUGACAACCUAGGAGAGGUUGGUAUUCUAGAGAUGGCCGAGCUCUCACUUGAUGAACCCGAGAUGGAGAAUAUGAUUUUUGAUGAUGUACUUGGUGAUGGUGAAGAAUGAAACUAUUAGUACUUUUGUUUAUUUUAUUUAUGAUUUGUAAAACUAUUAUUAAGACAUGUAUUUGGUUUGAUGGUUUCUUGAUAUGUAUGAGACUACGUUCGUACACUUUGUUUAUUUACUUGUUUUAACAAAAUUGUGUGUUUUGAGGCUAAUUAUUUAGUGUUUUAUUGAAUAGGUUGUCAAAUUCUCGUUUUUUUGAUAUAUUAUAUGCCUUGUUAUAUGCCGUACCCGUGUCCCCUA